CUCUCUCUUUCUCUCUAUCAGAACAGAGGAAGUGCAGUUUCUUUAACACUCAGUCCAUCAGUCAGUCAGUCUGUCACUCAGUCAGUCAGUAAUUAGUGGGACAGUAUGGAGUUGAGUUUACUCUCUGUAAUACUCUGGCUGAUUUUACUCGUCCAAACUGGGCAUGCUCAAGAGAGACCAAAAGCUUCACUGAUUCUGGCUCCUACUGAACAGAUAUUUAGUGGAGAGACGGUAACUCUCACAUGUGAUAUAAAAGGACACACAGACACUGAGUGGAGAUACAGCUGGUAUAAAGCUGAUGAUAAAGAUGAUCCAGUUUAUUACUCUGAAGGGAAAAAUGAAUAUUCACUCAGUGUUGUAGAGUCUGACAGUGGUGAAUACACCUGCAUAGGAGAGAGGAGGAGAGACUCUCAGAGAUCAGAGAUCAGUGAUGCUGUUACUCUCACUGUAUCUGCUGAAGCCCAGGCAGUGCUGAGUGUGUCUCCACAGAACUGGCUGACUGAAGGAGACUCAGUGAAUCUAAGCUGUGAGGUCAGAGACUCUUCUACAGGCUGGAACUUCAGCUGGUACAAAGCUGUUUCCUACAGACAUGGUUUAACUCAAAUUAGAGACUCUGCUGGAUAUUUAAUGUAUAAUGUGGAGCUCCUGUCAGACAGCAGCAGAGGAUCUGGAGGCUCCUACACACUCAGCUCUGCUGCUCUUAAUAACACAGGAGUUUAUCUGUGCAGAGCAGAGAGAGGAGAACCAGCCUAUCACACACAGUACAGCAACCCACAGCCUCUAUGGAUGACUGACGGUUCUGUAAUUCUGGAGAGUUCUGUUCAUCCUGUAACUGAGGGAGAUCCUCUGACUCUACACUGUUUAUAUCUCAACGCAAAGUCCUCAGACCUCACAGCUGAUUUCUAUAAAGAUGGAUUAUUACUCCAGACCCAGACUACAGGAGAGAUGAUCAUCCCUACUGUCUCAAAAUUUUGUUUAGUAGUUUCUGGAGGUUCAGGUGUGAAACAUGCUGUUGGGGUCUCUGUAGGAGUGAGUUUGACCCUGUUGUUCCUCAUCUUACUGACUUUGCGUUGGUGCUACAAAAAUAAGAAAGGAAAAACACAGAACACCAACCAAACACAAUCAGACCAGAACAGGAGAGGAUCAGGAGCAGAGGACUCUCAGGAUGGAUACACACCACUGCAGGCUGCUUCUGUUGAUGUCACCAUGGAUGCAACUUACUCUAAGAUUGAUCUGAAAGCGAAGAAGAAACCUAAAGAUAAACAAGUUACUGAUCCUGAAUCAGACGAUGUUACUUAUGCUGAGAUUGAUCUGAAAAUAAAGAAGAAACCAAGAAGAAAUCAAGAGACCAGUAUGGAUUCUGACACUGUGUAUUCAGAGCUGAAGCCCUCUACUAGCAAAGGUCCAUGAAGACUGAGAACUGUGAAGAUUCAUGAGAAAUAUAUGGAGUCUAUGAUUGGCCACAUGGAGGCAGUGUGUUUCUUAUACAUGAUGAUGGCAAAGCACCACCAGAGAGAUGACUUUUAAGGCACCUCCCCUUUAACACAGUCAGGGAGAGUACUAGUUAAUGCCACACCAAAACAUUAUGUAUGCUUUGUUGAAGUUAUUUAACUUUAAUCAUUAUUGCCAUACAUGUAUGUAUUUCUAUGUAUAUAUUGUAUUUUACGUUUACAAGAAUGUGUUUCUAUGUUUUGUGUAUCAUUACUUUUAUUUCAUAAUUUUGUGUAUUCAUUCUGUUACAUUUGACAGCAGUCACAUGAAAUACCAGCCAUCCACUUACAUUAAUAUUCAUACAUUCUUAUACUGUAACAGUGUUUUCAUCAUGUUUGACAGAUAGAAUGUGUAUGCUUAAAAUCAUAAACCCUUUCCUAUCUUCUCCACUUUAGAAAGAUUUAAUCUUUCUAUUUUUAUCUGACUAAAAUGUCUUGCUCUUUUUAGAUUUGUUUGUAUUUAGAUUUAAUAUGUUAUUGUCAGUGUAUUUUGAUAGUACAGUAAUGUGAUUGUACAAAAUGCUAACCAUGCCUUCAUAAGAUAAUUAUUUUGCUCAGGAUUUGUAAUGUUAAUAUGAAUGUAAUUCUGCACUUCUAAUAAUUUAGUAAAAUUGUGCUAUUGUACAGUUUAUUUUUUAGUCUGUGAAAAUAGAGGAACUAUGUAAAAGGCUUUUUUUUAUUUAUCACAAUUAAUGCAAUAUUUUUGUAAC